UGAUAAAGAAUUUGUUUGGUCUUUGUGGAAACGCCUCCAGGUGACAAACCCAGAUCUCACACAAGCAGUCAGUUUGGUUGUGGAAAGAGAAAAACAGAAAGCUGAAGCUAAAGAUAGAAAAGUUCUUGAAAUUUUGCAAGUCAAGGAUGCCAAAAUACAAGAACUGGAACAGAGAGAAUCAGGACUAAAACAGGAAAUAAAUGACCUUGUAAAACGGAAGAUUUCUGUAGAUGAAGAAAAUGCCCUCCUAAGGAGUGAAUUCAGUGACUUGCGAAAGAAAUUUAAAGAUAAAAGUCAUGAACUUAAGGACACUAAGGAGUGUGUACAAAAUAAGGAAGAGCAAAACAGGCUGGUUAUAAAAAAUCUAGAGGAGGAAAAUGAGAAAUUAAGUGCACACUGUACUAACCUGCUAAAUGACCUGGAGAAACUGAGGAAGCAGGAAGCACACUGGAGAAAAGAAAAAUACAGCACUGAGGCAAAAAUAAAGGCCUUCGAAGAUAAUUUAAAUGAAGCCAGGAAAGAAAUUGAAGUGUCACAGAGUAAAUAUAAUGCUCUGUCAUUACAAUUGAGUAAUAAACAAACUGAACUUACCCAGAAAGAUAUGGAUAUUACCUUGGUCAGGAAGGAGUUGCAGGAGCUGCAGAAUCUUUACAAACAGAACAGUGCGCAUACCGCUCAGCAAGCAGAGCUGAUCCAGCAGCUUCAGGUUCUCAAUAUGGACACACAAAAAGUACUGAGAAAUCAGGAAGAUGUUCACACAGCUGAAAGUAUAUCCUAUCAAAAACUUUACAAUGAGUUACAUAUUUGUUUUGAAACCACAAAAUCAAGUGAAGCUAAUCUCCGGCAAAGUGUUGUUAAACUUCAGCAUCAGCUAUUUCAAAUGGAACAAGAGAAUGCUAAACUAAAAGAAAAACUUAAGGAAUCCCAAGGAACACCUUAUUCUUUACCUCAAGGAAGCAAUUCAGACCACUCCCAAGAGGUAUCUCCGCGGGCAUCUUUCUCAAGCUUAGAAACCUUAAUGGUGUCACAGAAGUCUGAAAUUGAGUAUUUACAGGAGAAACUGAAAAUAGCAAAUGAAAAACUGUCAGAAACUAGCUCUCUCAAAAAGAGUGUCUCAGGCAGAAUCAUCACAAGUACUGAAGGAAAACAUAAGGAACCACCUGUGAAACGUUCAAGGUCUCUGUCCCCAGGGAAAUCCUUCACAGACUCAGAGCUGCUGUGGAAGCUGAGGAAAGCGGAAAGAAAGCUUGAAAGCUUACAGAAGACACUGCAACUAAAGAGCCAAGAAAAUGAUGAGCUAAGAGAUGCCCAUGAAAAACGCAAGAAAAGGCUACAGAUGUUACAGACCAACUACAGAGCAGUAAAAGAGCAAUUAAAACAGUGGGAAGAAGGCAGUGGCAUGAUUGAUACCAGAAAAAUCAAGAGAGCAUAUCCCCAACAACUUCGACAAGAAGAUUCUGAUGCUGUCUGGAAUGAACUGGCAUAUUUCAAAAGAGAGAACCAGGAGCUAAUGAUUGAAAAGAUGAAUCUUCAAGAAGAAUUGGAUAAACUUAAAGUACAUAUAUCUAUUGAUAAGGCAACAAUGCAAGAAUUAAAUGCAUGUAUGGAAGGGGAAAGAGAAGAACAACUUUUUAGACAUGGUGAAGAUGAUGGGGUCAAGAAGAGUACUCCAGAGAAGAAUGGGAAAGAAAUGUUGGAACAGACAUUACAGAAGGUAAUUGAAUUGGAAAAUCGCCUAAAAUCUUUUGAGAAAAGUUCGAGAAAAUUGAAAGAAGGGAAUAAAAAAUUAAUGAAAGAAAAUGAAUUCCUGAAAUCCCUCUUAAAACAGCAUGAAGAAGCAGCAGAAACCAGAGAACAAGAGAUAGAACAGCUACUGAAGAGGAGUAGAGAUGUUGAAAAAGAGAAAACUGAACUUCAGGUGAAAAUCAGUGAGCUGGAGAGAGAAGUCACUUCCGUAAGGAGACAAGUGGCAGAAGCUAAUGGGCUGAGAAAUGAAAAUGAAGAGGUGAUCAGUUCAGUGGAAAAAUCACAGGCUUCAGCAGACAAAGCUGAAAUGGCCACAGAAGUGAGUUCUGGACAAUACAGUUGUAAAACCACCACUACCAAGGUUAAAUUUAAAGGCGCCAAGAAAAAGUGCUCUGUGGGUUGCCACCACACUGUUCUCAAUCACUCCAUCAAGGUUAUGAGCAAUGUGUUUGAGAACCUCAGUAAGGACAGCUGGGAGGAUGUGAGUGAAAGCAGUAGUGAUACUGAAGCACAUACCUCUAAAAAUUUGGGAACAAUUAUUGUAGAAACAUCCCAGAAAAUAAGUCCUACAGAAGAAGGAAGAGACCAGAAACAAAGUGAUCAAGCAGAAGACAAUGAAACACAAGGGAAAGAAAUAAUACAAAUAUAUUCAAAUACAAAUGGGAAGACAUCAAAGGAUUCUUUUCAUUACAAGAAUGCCAAAAAACCAACUUUCCAAAAGAAGAAUGGUAAUACGCAAAAGAGUUCACAUACAACACUUCCUAACCGAGUUAACAGACAAAAGUGGAAAAGUAUAACUGCCCAGAAACCAUGUAGCAAUAUUAUUUUAUUACGAGAACGGAUUAUAUCUUUGCAACAACAAAAUAGUGUACUUCAGAAUGCCAGAAAAACCGCUGAUUUGUCAGUUAAAGAGUAUAAAGAAAUCAACGCAAAGCUCCUUCAUCAACAGCAAAUAUCUGAUCAAAAACUUCAGACAAGCCGGCAAACAAUAAAGAAGCUAAAUUUGGAUUUGGCUGAUCUUCGGAAAGAAAAAGAAGAUCUAUUAAAGAAAUUAGAGUCCUCUUCUGAAAUCACAAGUUUGGCUGAAGAAGUUUCUCAGAUAACAGUUCCACGGAUACAGGUUACAACAAUAGGCCCUUCCAGGAGCAUGGAUUUGGAAAUGAAGCAACUACAGUGUAAACUAAAGAAUGCAACUAAUGAACUCACUAAACAGUCAUCAAAUGUGAAAUCUCUGAAAUUUGAACUUCUAGCAAAAGAGGAACACAUAAAGGAAAUGCAAGAAAAAAUGUCUCGAAUGGAGAGGGAUAUAACUAUGAAAAGACAUUUGAUAGAGGAUUUGAAAUUUCGACAGAAAGUACACUUGGAAAGUAAUGAGACUAUUAAUGAAAUGCUAGAAAAUCUUGAAAAAAAGGUGAAGACAUUAACUGAAGAGUGUUCCAACAAGAAGGUAUCAAUUGAUUCACUAAAGCAAAGACUUAGUGUUGCUGUAAAAGAGAAGUCACAGUAUGAAGAGAUGUAUCAGAAAACUAAAGACGAGUUAGAGAAAAAGGAUCUCAGGCUUACUAUCCUGGCAUCGAAAGUAAAUGAGACUGAAUCUGCAAUGGCAGAAAUUGAAACAGCAGCAGCUAAGCAACUUCAAGGAUUAGCAUUGCAGAGUGAGCAGGUCCUGGAAGGUGCACAGAAAAAGUUGCUAUUAGCCAAUGAGAAAGUGGAAGAAUUCACCUUAUUUGUGAAGGCUUUGGUCAAAGAGUUACAAAAUGAUGUCCAGAUGAUAAGGCGACAAAUCAGAGAGCUUAAAAGAAUACAGAAGAACAGGGUUGCUUCUAAAACCUCAACCCACAAAGCCCAGACCUUGGCAGCUUCUAUCCUGAACAUUUCACGAUCAGACCUGGAGGAAAUACUGGAGACAGAAGAUGAAGUGGAAACUGAAAAAGCAAAGAUAGAUGCUGAAAAUGACAAGGAGUGGCUAUUGUACAUUCAGAAACUUCUUGAAGGCCAGCUUCCUUUUGCCUCAUAUUUACUAGAAGCAGUACUAGAGAAAAUAAAUGGAAAAAAGAAACUAAUGGAAGAGUAUUUCACAAUUAUGAAGGAUCUGAGAUGACAGUACAAUGAAGGGCUUUUUGCAAAUGUGAAAACUUUAUGUUGUGUGAUUGGAAAAACAUGCAUUGUAAUCCUGAUACAAUAUCUGCUCCAACUAUCAAUAGUCAGGUUCGAUACCAAAAUAAGAAGUCUCUGAAACUAAUUAAUUGCUGAACAAGUGAAACUAAUUAAGUGCACAGCCAUUUAAAAAGAAAUAGUGUAGCAUUUGAUUGUUGAAUACAAAUAUUGCCACAAAUCAAUGCAAUCUUAAAAAUGAUUUUCCUUUCAGAGCAUUAGAAGAAGCUUGAACAAGCCUGGCACACACAGAUUGGUCUGGUCUAAAAAGAAAAAAAAUGUCAACUGAGCAUUUAAUGUUUUAAGUUUGACAAACAAUCUAAAUUUUUUACAUGAAACUGCUAUAAUUUGCCUUAAAAUCCUAUGAGCAACACAUUUAUAUGGAAACAAACAAAAUGAAGCAUAACUUGAGCAUUUAAUAAAACAAGUGUGGUCCAAUUGUAUCUGUUCUCAUUGAUAUACUGAAUUAUAUAGAAGAUGGUGUAUUUUCCUACAACUAUUUGGCAAAAAUAAAAACGUUUUUUCUCUUUUUUUUAAUUCUCAGCACUUUGUGGAGUUGUGUGAGUUAGCAAGGGGUCACAAACCCAGUGUAUAAAAUUAAAUUAGAAUGAAAAGAACUCAUACUGUGGUCAACUAAUUAAAGUUAAUAUAUUAUCAAGCGUGUCAUACUUAUUUAGAUCCUUGAAUGUAGUAGUCAUACUCUCACCUCUGCAUUAUGCCACAUCUGUCUUUUUGUUCCACCAAUUCACCAAGAUUAUUUCAGCCUCCAGUUUUUGCCCUUUCUAGAACUUUCCUGCACUUAACUUUUCUCAGGGCUGGCUAUUUCUCAUCAUUCAGGUUCAGAUUACACCUUCCCGGAGAGAAAAAUUCCCUGGCCACCUUACUAUUUCCUUUCUAAAACAAAAUUACCUAGUUUAUUUUUCAAAAUUAUCUAGUUUAUUUUCUUGUUUAUUGUCAUUUUUCCCUCCCUACCCUUUAGAAUGUAGGUCUCAUAAGAUUAAGGCAA